UGUGUUUUGCAACAAGAUGGCGAAAAGCAUUCGGUCUAAAAGGAAAAGAAAACUUCGAGCUCAGAGAAGAGAACAGUUAAAACCAAGGGUAAAAGCGCAGCUUGAGAAGACACUUGGGCUAAGUGACAAGGAGAUGCUCGUUGACAUACAAAAAGACGAAGAGAACAAAAGUGAAGUAGAAACAUUUGAUAAGGAAGACUCAAUGAUCAUGAAUAACGCAGCUGCAGAACAGGGUACUGAGGAUGUUGUGAUGACAACAGAAGAUGGACCUCAGAAAAAGCUCACAAAGAAAGCCCUCAAGAGAAUCAACAAGACAAAUAAUUUGAAAAGGCUUGGCAACAAGAAAAGAAAAAAUAAAAAGAUUUUGAAGUGGUGACUA